UUGACAUUUAUUAUAAAUGUAUGCAACAUUAAUUCAAUCAAAAUGGAUAAAACAGAAGUACACUCUAGUUAUGGCCCCCAGUAACUAGCGUGUUAACUGGUAGGACUGGCCAAUAAAUGGUGAUUAAUCCACUUCUAGGCUAGGUGGGAGUGUCUGCAUUGUCACUCGCAAUACGCGGGGCCAAUAAUAACUAAUCAACAGUGUGUGUGUGUUCAAGGUUUAGAGCCACCCACUGAAAGUCUACUCUGCCACUGCAACUCAAGCAGACAUGUGGGAGCAGCCUUGCAGCUUUGUCAUUUAUUUGUAAAUAAUGUUACAGUCAAUAUUGUCACCAUCCAUAGAUUAAAAAUGGAUUUUGUAGAUAAAUGAUUUAUUAUUUUAAGACAACUAAGAGAUUGUCACUAAGACAGCAAUGAGUGCGUCUGCAGGGACUGGUGUGUUCUUGCUCUCUUUGAUGUCCAUUCCCAUCUGCUAUUUGUUCAACUCUCUGGUCUACAACAACAGUGCUGAAGUCUUCUUCUUUGCUGGAUGUGCAACUCUCAUCUUUCUGGUUAUUUCUGCCCAUUUUAUAUUCAAGAGAAAAGCGCCCUUAGACUCUCUCUUCUAUGUGUAUGCAGUUCAUGCGUUCUUCAGUGUGGUGAACUUAAUCAUCGGGCUGGAGCAGGACAACAUCAUUGAUGGAUUUGUGACAUUUUACCUAAAAGAGGCUGAUCCACACAUUAACACAGCACAUGGACACAUGAUGUCCUACUGGGAUGGCUGUGUGCAUUAUCUCAUGUAUUUGCUCAUGAUCGCUGCCAUUACUUGGGGGGACAACUUUAGAGCUAUUGGACUUUACUGGGUUGGGUCUUUUGUAAUGCGUUCUAUCAUUUACCUUCUUGGGAAUGCUGUUGGGAAAUAUGGUACAGAAAUGGGUCCUCUCUUCUUCCUUCACUUGCUCUACAUCUCAGUGUCUGUCUGGGCUUGCUUCCGUGUCUUCAGCCAUCCUUCCACACAGAUCGUUGAGUUUACAAACAUCCAGGAGGCUCAGAAAAUGACAUUAUUCGACAGACCUUUAGACUUAUGCUUUAUUAUCUACCUCAUCCCAGCUAUAACCUUCUGUGUCUUUAGAGGUCUGGUUGCAUUGGAUUGUUCCAACAUGCUGUGUCAGCACUACGUACAGCACUAUGAGCCAUACAUGAAAGACCCCUCGGCAUACCCUAAAAUACAUAUGCUGGUGAGCAUGCUCUACUCUGGCCCGUAUUAUAUCAUGACUCUCUACAGCUUGUUGGUUCCGGGAUGUGAGUGGAUGCUGGACCUGACUCUUGUACAUUCAGGUGCAAUAGCACAAGCACAGUUUUCUCAUAUCGGGGCCUCUCUUCACACCCGGACACCAUUCUCUUACAGAGUUCCUGCUGACAGCCAACUGAUCUUUUUGCUGGUUAAUAUCCUCUAUGCUUUGGUGCCACAGGUUCUAUGCUACCGUUGCACUACCAGGCCUGCAUUCUUCCUUAGGGGCAAAACAGAAAAGAAAAGUGCAUGAAUCUUACAGAGGACCAACUGUCUCUUAUAGUGAGGAUGGUGUCAUCAAUACAUUGCAGCUUGUUAUGAUGAAUUUUCAAAGUAAAUGAGGAGUUCAAUGUGUUCAUGAGGCAAAUUGACCUCUUGCAAAAGUCUCUCUUAGGGUCAGAAAAAAAAGAACUGUACCUUAUUGGACACGAUUUUGACAAGUAAUAGCUGUAUAUUGCAUUAUUUUGAGGGACAUUUACACUGUUAUACAAGAUGUUCACCGAGUGCCAAAUAUUGUAGAAAAGUAUACUGUUCAGUGUUGUCCCAUGAAAAUAUAUGAUGAAGUACUAUUUACAAAAAUGUACGCUCGCCUUGAGAUACAGGUACUGUGAAUAUGUAUUUUAUUACUGUAGCAAUGUGAGAUAAAGAAUAUUGGCUGCAAAUUACGUGUUUUGUGAAGCUUAAAGCUGUUUGUCUGCUGUUUGUUUUGAAAAAUUUAGACACUAAUUCAUAAAACAGUAAUAGUUUAGAAACUUUUUUUACACUGACAAAUUUAUGAAAUUGGUUGGAGCAUUUUUUUUUCUGUCUACGUUAUUGAUAGUAAA